AUGCGCAUUUCGCUGGUGUCGUUACUUGGACUGGCUUUGUUGCUCGCCGUGGUGCAGCUCUCGGUGGCCAGCGACUUCUUGCUCGACACAAAGAAAAAGCGGCAAGAUGGAAGAAUAGUUGGCGGUGCGGCAGUCACUAUUGACAAAUAUCCCUACGUCGUGUCUUUGCGGCGCAACUUGGACCACGUUUGUGCAGGAUCAGUCAUAUCGCCGUACUAUGCCGUGACGUGUGCCCACUGCACAUACUCAAUGAGCUCGCUCAGUGGUGUCACCAUAUACGCAGGUUCUACUAGUCGCACGACGGGCGGUAAGGUAUUUACUGUAACCGCUAUCAUCAGGCAUUCGGAGUACAAUCCGGAUACUUUCGACGUCGACGUCUCGGUAGUGCGCGUGUCCACCUCUUUCACAGCGACUACGGGCGUGGGGAUUGUGCAGCUGGCGGAUCUUGAAUGGAACUAUCCGGCAGGCAUGACAGCCACCGUUCUCGGGUGGGGUCGUACUACGACCGGUGGGUCACUUUCGGCUUCCCUGCGAGCCGUUUCGAUACCGAUUAUCAGCAACAGCGAAUGCGCUGCGGCGUGGAAAAAUAUCUCCAUCACCAACACAAUGAUGUGCGCUGGGGCCAAAGGGCGCGAUGCUUGCACAGGCGAUAGUGGUGGACCGUUGGUGGUCUCGCCUAACAACAACAACAGUGUCCUUGCCGGGAUGGUGUCCUGGGGAUCGGCUACGUGUGGCAGCGACUACCCGGGCGUCUACACGCGGGUCACAGCAGCGAAGAUCCGUAACUUCCUCGUACCGUACGUGUGA